AUGUUCGUCGUAGGGCUUGCUUCUACGUCGGCACUGGUCGCCACUGUUGCAUGUCUGAUCUCGAUCGCGCUCAUAGUAAACGAUAUCGACGACCUACGAGACGAAGUCCUUAACAAAAUGGAUGAGUUCAGGGUCGUGGCCGACAGCACAUGGAACAAUAUCAUCGCCUUACACCCGCAAACUCCAAGGGAAAGCAAAACGCCAGCAAAUUUCGCAACCCUCAUCGGACGUCACAAGAGAGGCAGUAAUUCACUGGAUGAGUGUAACUGUGCUCCAAGAUCGGAAGGAUGUCCUCCAGGACCUCCGGGGCCUCCAGGACCGCCUGGAAAGCCAGGAUUCGACGGCGAGAAUGGGAGCGAUGGACGUCCCGGUGUCAAGGGAGUCGCAAUAGCGGUCACUCAUGAAAUCCCUGGCGGAUGUACAGUAUGUCCACGUGGACCACCAGGACCACCAGGUGGCCGAGGACCUCCAGGACCUCCUGGCCGUGACGGUGAACCAGGAUGCCAGGGACCACAGGGAGAACUUGGGAAGCCAGGUCCACCUGGUCCUCCUGGCGAAAAAGGCUUCAGCGGAGUGCCAGGGUUUCCUGGAAAAGACGGUUUUCCUGGUGCACCAGGUUGCCGAGGUGCGCCUGGCCGUCCUGGUCCACGAGGUGAGAAGGGUCCACCAGGUUUUCCCGGUAAGGACGGUGAAGUUGGUGAACCGGGAGCAAAAGGUGAAGUGGGACCCCCGGGACCAAGAGGUCAUCGUGGCAAAACGGGACCAAAGGGUCCGCAAGGCCCUCCAGGCAUGCGUGCUCUUCCCGGCAUGCCUGGACAUGACAAGGAGUACUGCCCAUGCCCGCCCCGUCGCUCUCGCAAAGCAUGA